GAAGGACAAAUUAUGGCAUAACUAGUUUUGAUAAUAUUGGUUAUGCUAUGCUUACUGUAUUUCAAUGUAUCACUAUGGAAGGUUGGACGGAAAUAAUGUAUUCAACAAAUGAUGCAUUUGGUGAUCGUUUCAAUUAUCUAUAUUUUGUUCCACUUAUAAUACUCGGAUCAUUUUUUAUGUUAAAUCUAGUACUUGGUGUUUUAAGUGGUGAAUUUGCCAAAGAAAGAGAACGUGUAGAAAAACGUCGUGCAUUUUUAAAACUACGUCGACAACAACAAACUGAAAAAGAAUUUAGUGGAUAUAUGGAUUGGAUACAAAAAGCUGAAGAGGUAAUUUUGGCUGAAGAUACUACUACAGCAGAUGAACGAAUGCGUAUUAUAACAGCACGUCGAAGAGCGGCUAAACAACGACUUAAACAGACUGGUAAAGAUGCGUCAUUCAAUGACUCGAAUUUCGAGGAUUCUGUAUUAUUCGCAGAAUCUAAAUCACAUUCAUCUUAUGGUGAUCUAUUAAGACGUCGAAAAGAGAGAUGUCAAGGAUGUUGGAGAAGAGAAAAACGAAUUCGGUAUGCCAUAAGGAGAAUGGUCAAAAGUCAACCAUUUUAUUGGGUUGUAAUUAUACUUGUAUUUUUGAAUACCGUAUGCGGUGCUAUUGAACAUCAUGGUCAACCAGUAUGGCUUUCCACAUUUUUAUGUAAGUUUACAAUGUUUUCUAAACAGUCGUUUUCAGAAAAACUAUACUCAGACCUCAAAAGUAUGAGUUUGAUUGAUUGAGUUAUUUAGUGUUGUACACUGAAAUUAGUAAACUUCAUGUUGGUUGCUGUUCAGAUAGUAAUGAGAUAUGUGACUUAAAAA